AUGAACCCGCUGACUAUCGCCGAGGGUGGUUCCCAAGAGCCGUACAACUACGGCUCGUUCAACUCGGUCCUCAAGAAGUCCAACACAGACAACAACGGCGCCGUGUCGUACGACUGUGGAGGGAACUUCUUCUGGCAAUCGUUUGUUUGGAUGGCGAAUCACAGGGUCCCCGUGAACAUGGGCAUGGUCCGUGACAUGCAGCGCAUGCACUUGUGCCCAAGCUCGCCACCAUCCAAGCUGCCAUUGACGACCGUCAUCGCGGUCGACAACGCCACCGCGGACAUUAUGGAGAACAAGGGCGGCAUGGCGCGGAUCAGCAACCCCGAGCCUGUCUUCGCGACCAUCUUGAGUCUGGAGUCGGCGAUCCGGAACAAGGAGAGCGAUGAAGUUUUGAUGGCGUGGCGCAAGACGCUGCUUUCGGCCCCCUUCUCAUUCGAGGUGGUCUCGCCGGGCGAAGACCGCUACUGGCGCGCGCAGAACAUCAGGCAACAAAUCAUCCAGACCGGAUUCAUCGCACAGUUGAGCGUACGGCAGUGGAUCUACGACGUAGUUGGCCUGAAGUUAGCAAUGGAGAAAGAGAUGGCAAAGGAGAUCGGCAGCGAGAAAUUGCACAAGCUAUAUACUGAUAAGAUUACUUUCGCUGGCAACCAGAAGCCCUUGAGCGCUUCAUUUGUGGACAGCGCUGUGACGGUAUACAAACGAGUCUUAAGUCUGUCACAAGCACGGAGGCACCUUGAGUGGGCAGAGGAGAACAUGCUGGACAACUACCCUUUCAAGACAAUCGGCUCCCUCCAGGCGCUGGUGGACCGCGGGCAGACCGCCUCGCGCAUCAGCUGGGCCAUCUGGGGGAUGACCGACUUGUACCGCAUGGAGAGCAUCAACAUCGGAGAAUUCUCGGGCAAGAAGCUGCAAGAUUACAGAGUCAGCUACGUCGAAGUGCUAAACCUGAAACUUGCACUUCGGGACGAGUUCCUCCAGAACUGGCUCCCGCAGUCUGGCAUCGCGUCGCAGUUCGCCACCAAGCUGCAAGAAGUGCUGGCCGACUUCGAGAGCGUUCGUAAACACAUGACUGCGUAUCCUGGCUCACACGCGGACACCACAUGGAUGGUGAGUGUCCCGCCUUCGGUCGCAGCGGCCGCGGAAAUGAUUGAGGACAUGGUUUACACUGUGAAUUGGGACCCUCGGUUUCGUGACGCGAUCAAGUCUAAAUGCACCGUGACAGAUUUCAUGGCCUACGACUCCGUCGCGGGAGCCAUCAAGGAGGUGACGGACAUGAUCAGCGUCGAGCGCGCCGCAUCUAUGAAAUGCGUCGAGAAUGGGGGGUCAGAGACUGCUGGUACGGCAGAAGGCGCAGCUGUCCCGGCUGCGGGCUCCGCUGUUUCGGCGGCACCUGCGGCAGCAGAGGGCUUCGAGAUCCUGGGCACCACCGAGAAGGAGCAUUGGCAGCAGCAUGUCGACAAGACGGUGAGGACUUACAUCAACUUUAUCGUGGAGGGCAAGAAAUCGCAGGCGGAGAUCGAGCUUGCCAUCAAGAAUUCACCAUUGGCCAUGAUUCAGGGGGACCCUACAGGCUUGGUGCUAUAUUUUUACGAUGUGAAAGCCCAUGGAGAACCCCUCACCAGGCCAGAGCUCCGCAUCAGCCCGUUGAGGGAUGUCGUUUAUAACAAGCUCGUCAAGUCGGUACUGAACGCAAGGGCACCCGCCGGUGGACAGCCGCAUCUUCGUCCAGGAGAGGUGGCGGUGGUACUUGACGGAGGCCGGCGGGGGAACGCAAACAAGUUGCAGGCGCCUUGGAGGGAGGGUACACGGAAGGACGGCAAGAAGAAGGAGGAUGAUGACGAAGAGGACCCCGUGGACGAUGAGGAUGAGGAAAAGCCCAACUUCACAGUCUCGAACAUCAACUUAAUCUACACGGAGAGCUCGCUCCAGGCCCGAAGGCAGAAGGCGCGCGGCUGCAUGGGCAGCGUCCAACAGUCCGAGACAGCCAUCAUGAUGUCGAACAACAAGAUCAGCAUCCCAGAGCGCAGCCGCAAGCAUUGGCCAGGAUCUACGAGCGGAGACACGAUCUAUGGGAUCGAGGCCCCCGACAUCUCCAAGGAAUGGAAGAUGGCGUGGAAAGACAAAAAAGACGUGCUGGGGAAGAAGCAUAUGAUCCCUGUGGGGGGGAAGACGGAGAUGGACAACGUCGAUCCUAGUCAGAUCGAGCGCAAGACUGAUUCCACGUGGGUGCCUAUGUGCUACCAUCCGAUGCCAGAGAAAUUCUAUGACGAAUUGAUAUACACUUUCUACGCGAAAUCGAUCGUCGACCUCACCCCCACUGACGGUAAGUUUGCAUUCACCGCGCUCAAGCAGAGAGUGGGGUACGUGGGCAUCGCAUAUACAGAUGCACAUGCAGAGAAGCUGUAUGAUCGUCUCGGAGAGUUAAUGAAAAAGGAGAUGCUAAACCCCGCCAGCAAGCUCUGGAACUCAUCCUACGCGAAGGCGGUGAAGCCGGACACCAACGCCGAGGAGGAGAUUGAGGUGUUGGCGCCCAACAUGCUGGUGCAGGCUGACCGCAGCUGCGAGAGGCGGGCGCUUACCGUUCAGAUGAGGCGGAAUUCAACGGCGGCACCGAGCUGCGAGAGCCAGUUCAACGGCGGCACCGAGCUGCGAGAGGCGAAGUUCAACGGCGGCACCGAGCUGCGAGUCGGGAGCGACUUCUCUGGUAUGGACGCCUUCAGUGCCGCCCUCAAGCGGAUGAAUGUUCCACAUGAAGUAUUAUUCGCUUCUGACACCAACGUGACGUGCAGGAAGGUCUUGCACUAUGUCCACAACCCCCACAUGAUCUACGGGGGAAUUGAGGAGAGGGAGGCCGACGCCGACCCCAGCACAGACCUCUACCUGUGGACGCCCCCUUGCCAGGACUUCAGCUCCAUCGGCAAAGGGGCUGGUAAGAACGGACCCCAGAGGUCAGGGGCCUUGAUGGCCCGUGCCAUGAAAUACAUCAAGAUGAAGCAGCCGCGUCUCACGAUCAUGGAGAACGUGAAGGCCCUAACCCACGCCAAGCAUCGCCCCGCCAUGGCAGGCAUCCUCAAGUUCCUCCAGGACAACAACUACGAGGUCUUCAAGAACGUCCUGAACGCGAAGCACUAUGGGCUGCCUCAGGAUAGGCGUCGCCUGAUCAUUGUGGGCAUCCGCAAGGACUGCAUCAAGCGCCCAUUCAGCUGGCCCACCAUCAACAUGAAGACACCCAGUGUCGCCACAAUUCUCGACCGGCACCUACCGUCCGACAAGCCCGGGAGGCUCCCGUCGAAGGCUCGCGAGAAGGAGCGGUGCCAGGCGGCGUACAGGAAGGCGCAUGGAGACGGGCAUGAUGCCAGGAAGGUCAACAUCAUGGUGGACGUCGACGCGUCAGAGAAAUUUCAAACGUUCGGGGUGGACAUUUGCAAGACGCUCACGCGCUCGCGGGGCGGUUGCGGGGGGCCAUGGGCUUCCACGCGUGGCCGCCGCUUGACCACCCCGGAGCUUCUGAGGCUCCAGGGCUUCAAGCCAGAGGACUGUCCCUACCAGGAGUUGGGCAUCUCCGAGCGCCAGGUGGGGCUCAUGGCAGGAAACGCCGUGGCCGUCAACAUGGCCGGCGUGGUGCUACAGGAGGCCCUGUGGAGCGCCGGUCUCGUGAAGGAGAAGAGCGUGUACCCUCGCAUGAGCCACGUGGUGGCGUAA